AUGCAAGAAACGGUGCUGCGGGUGUUUGUGGUGGCGUUGGGUCUUCUGCUGUGUCCGAGAGACCCUGGUGUCGAGGAGUGGGACGAGCGACACAAUUGGUUUGAUCAGCAUCCGAUUGAAAAGGAUAAACUAUCAGAAUCAGAUGUGAUUGUUCCCGAGGAACCAAGAGAGGGGGCUGAUCACACAUUACCAGCUAGUGUUGCGAAAUCUGCUACAAAUCUGCAAGAAGAUCAUGACAGUAAACCACRGACUGAGGAAAAUGGAAAAUACAUCCUCACUAACAACUCUUCCAAAGAGCCAGCAAGUCUCCAAGGUGGAAACAAAAAGCCUGAGGAGAUGGAAGAACAAAGAUCACCUUUUCUUCACGUCCAAACCAAGGCUGCAGAAACUGAAACUGCAGAUAGGGCCCUGGAGUGGGAGAGAGAUUACCUCUGGUUUAUGUGGAACACAUUCUCCAUUAUUUCUAUGAUUAACUUUGUCAGGAAGUACGUCAGGAGGAAUUUUCAAGUGGAUCAGGGGGUAACCAGGACCUUUCCUGCAGUCUGCAGAGUUGCACAAGUCCUGCUACCUGAUGUUGCUACUCUGCACCGGUUUUAUGCGAAAUGUGUUCAAAUCUCAUCUGAGAAGAAGUGGAGGGAGGGCGAGUUUUUGGAAGGUUUUGCAAAMGAUCUCUUAGACGCCAUGAGGAGCGUCUGUGACGACAAGGGCAGCAUGAUGAUGGAAGACUUUCGGGUGGUGAACGCGUGUGAUAUCGUCGUUCAUUUCACGCCACCCGAGCCRUACAGAUUUCAGUGUCAGCUCGGAAACAACCAAGCGAGCGACCUGCUGUCGGACAUGCAAGUCUGUGGUCGAAUAAAACUGGUGGAAGAAAAGAAAAUCCAAAAUGGCUGCCCCUGCCAGUCCUCUGACGUGGAUGAAGACAUGGUUUGUUUGCUGCAUUGUGAGGGUGAGAAGGUAAAAACAAAAACGGUGGAUGUUUCUGAUGGUCUGUGCGCCAAAAACUCUCCUUUCCUGUCUAAAGCGAAGGUUUCCAGGUGGUUUCAGAACACCAUCAAACAAGCGUGGGCACAGAUUUCACAUAAGUACGAGUUUGAGCUCAACAUYCGCUACAUGGAGGCUCCAGGCUCGCUGGUCAUUCGGUUCAGAUCAGGGAAGAUGAUUUUAUUCAACAUGAAUCCGGUGAUUAAAUUCAACACCGAUGCUCAUUUUUCCAUUAAUCCCUGGUCCUCCAGUAAAUUGGACAUCUUCUGGACUCUCUCCCUGAGCAACUAUGAAGACCGCCUUUUGGAAUACUUCUCCAAACACCUCCCUGAAAACUCCUGCCAUAAUCAAACUCUUGAGAUUGCUUGUUUUCUUCACAAGAGGCAGACAUCGUUGUCAGGGUGUACCGAACUGAAAGAAAGGCAUUUCAAAAUGGCAAUGAUGCACCUUCUGUUGACCAAAAAAUCCUCGCAGUGGAAUCCAGACUUUGUGGCUUGCAGGCUGCAGGACUUGCUGGAGUUCAUAGAGRAAAGCCUUGAGAAGAAGCUGCUAACCCACGUUCUCAUUGGUAACCCUUUAGCCGAGGUCAUCRACGUUCCCAGAGAGUUCACCAGAGCCAAACCAGUGAACCUCUUCCAUCCCUUUGUGGUUCAUAACUGCAUUUACAAAAAYGCCGUCCGUCAUUUCCAGGAGAUGCUUCGAAACGCACACAUGCUGAUACAUGAAUACGUUGCUCAGCGUAUAAACGAUASCAGCUUUUUUGUUUGA